AUGAAGAAUUAUUUACUUACAACAAGUCCUUAUGGUAAAGAUAACUUUACUGAAAUUCAAACUCAACAAUUACUUACAAAUUUAGCUAAUACAAUUACACCUACUAAUAUUGCUAAUAUUAAUGAUACACGUUAUUAUAGUAAUAAUACUAAAUAUAGUAUUAAUGCUUUCUUUCCUUCAGAUAGUAUUAUUCAAGAACCUAUUUCAUCAUAUUAUAAUUUAGAUUUAGGAUUAUAUAUAAAUGAAGGUAAAUCUAUAACACUUAAUGAUUUAAGUAUUCAACAAAAUGCUUAUGAUGUAUCAAAUAAUAUGGUUAAAACAUUAGCUAAAUUAAAUUCUAUACCUAAUAUAACAUUAACUGUUAAUAGUAAUAAUAUUAAAAAUGAUACAGCUAUUUUACAAUUAACUGAUACAUUAUAUCAAAAUCAACGUGUAUCAGCUACAACUAAUAUUUUAUCAUAUAAUUUAGCUUUAAAUAAUAGAACUAAUAUUGAUAAUAUUAAACAUACUACUGUAUUACAACAAAUUAAAGAUUCUGAUACAGGAUGUUUAAAUGUUAAAAUCGUAUUAAAAUAA